AUGGCGAAACCUCAGCGCCAGGCGGAAGGUGGAAGGGACGGUGCCUGCCGUCCUCCAGCCAAACAACAGAACGACCACUCGCCGUCGGAUGCCGGAGACCAGUCGAAGAUGGUGUCCUCCGCUUUUCCCAGCAACCAAACACGCCCGCUUUUCGGCAGCCUCGAGGAAGCACACUCCCGCAUAACUCGACUGCGACCAAGUGGCGGUUCCCGGAGCGUCUCUCGAGAGACCAGCUACAGCGGAAGCGGAGAUGACACGGUCCUCAAGGACAUGAGGUCUUUGUCCCCCACCGAUGCCAGAGCCAUUUACACAAACGUUGGCUACCCAGUGACCCGCGCGUUUGGGCGUAGCUUGACUGAUGCAGUCAAUCGCACGGUCGAUGAGCAAGCACUGGUGCCGUCGCCUUUGCUUGUCCAGAAACAGCCCACCGCUGAUCCGCAGAAGAACAAUGUCUUCAUCACCCCACCGGUCUCUAAGACCGCACCGAUCGUUUGGCAGAGUCCGGACGAACUGUGGCAGAGUCCACAAGCCUAUCUCACUGAGGCUCGAGCUUUUGCAGAGGCGCACACAUCGAACCAGCCGCCGCCCUACUCGCCUGUAAGCAGAGCGGAUCGCACCAUUGACCACUGCGACCCAAAGACUCAGAACUCCUAUGUCAAUCAGUCCGAGUCUGGCUCUCAUGUGCUUCCUGUCGACGGAGAUCAAUCAAUUCGCAAACGCCCGGGCGAAAUCGAAGCGAAUGCUACGCUUGGCCGUAUAGCUGAGAAAGGGGUUGGUGUAGUGCCCCAAAUUUCCCUUCCAGAAGUCCCGUCAUUCCAUCACACAAAUUCAUUUGCUGCCUCAGCUCGACCCAACCUCACGGAAGCUGUGCUGGGAGGAUUGAGUGCUUUGCAGGCUUCAGAGAGUCCCUCUCCCAAGCGACUGUCGUAUUGCAGUGACAGUAAGGAUGAUCGAGCCCGCAUCGGUAGUGAUCUUGGAGUUGGAUCCGGCAUUGGAGUUGAUUCUGAUGCUGGAGCUGCGUCUGAAGAGAGCAAAGUACCCCAGUUGUGCCCCCCUCCUGCUCGCAUGCACUCUGCAAGGCGACGAGAACGAGGCAGACAGAGCUUGCUCAGCAGUGCACGCUCAUCGAUUACUGGUGUGACAGAAGGCUCGGAAGAAGAUCCAUUCCAUUACGACAGCGUGUUCCUGCGCCCCUCAAGAGAGCGAGAGGUUUCUGCUUAUCUGCGUCAAGUCAGUGGUGUUGAGCGUGGAAGUACAGCAAUCAUUUGCUCACCAGAUGGCACUCCUCUGAGAAGUCCACGUCCUCUUUUGGACAGAGACAGCCCCUCGCCUGAGGUGUCACCACUUCGCUUGCCGCAGCGUACAGCUGUAGGAAAUGAUGCAAGAACCCAACAAGAUCAAGAGUUCUUUGAGCCCAGUGCAAUCAAUCCUCAAUGGACUGUGGGAAGCCCUGCUGUUGUCAGAGUGCCGGUGGGGGAGAAGGGCCAUGCCCACCAGAGGCAGAACCUGCCAGAAAGCCAUGCAGGUGGUGGAGGGGGUUUGCAUAAGCUGGUGUUGGAGGGACUGCGUGAUUGUGAGGAGCAGAGCCGUCUCCCGACUGGAAAUACAGAAGAGUUUGGCACAGGUGGUUUCAAGCAGUGUGGCAGCUCCAUUGCGAACUAUUCUGACUGCGAAGCUCCUUUAGAUGCAGCUUCGACCAAUCCCGGUCUUGGAAGCUCUCUCACAGGUCCACGAGCAGGUAUUUCGCAGCCAGCAAUUGGUCCAUUCGACACGCAGCCUCGAAUUGUUCACCCACCAGGCACUGGCAACAAACCUCAGGACCUUCGAUACCGAAAACACAACGUCAAUCAGGCACCACUGCCAGUCUUUGUUCCUGAACAGCGGCAUCAUAGGGUCAAUGGACUUUUUCAGGACACCUCAAGACCUGUCGCCAACACCAACCCAGCCAGCAACAGUCAGGAUCAGAAUCGAUCCCAGUUCUUCGGUCAACGGACCCCAAGUGCGAUUCGAGACCCGUUUCUACAAGCCAACAGCAAGCGGACGUCGUAUCGGUCUUUCACUCUUCAUCCAGGCCUAGCGCCCCGUCACCCCUUUACUGAGCUGGAUUCUGAUGACGGCUCUCUUCACGAAUUACAGCACAUCACUUCUCAACCAGAUAGCAGACGGCCAGGCACUUCAGGCAAACGUUGGGACGCUUCGACCGAACUCGACCCAAACAAGCAGCUGACUCUCCAGCCCGAUCAAAUGAGUCAACAGCGUCAAAUGCCUCGGCGGCGUACCCCAUGGCUGGUCCCAGUGACCGAUCUGUCAACCCCCUCAGGAAUGCCGCAGGCUCACCUCAACAGCCGCAAUCGUGGCGAUAGUUUCGAGUCGGGCGCAUCUAUCAGCCUGAUUGAGUCGACUCAAUUCGACCUAAUUCCUCUGGCAGUUGCGCAACAAAGGCAGGCUAUUCGACUCGCCAGCGGUCAAGAGGAUCAGACUCUCACUGGACGCGCGCGUCUUGAGUCGAUGAGGAAUGUCAGCUGUAACACCGAUGCCAGCCAGGCCGGCUCUCGGCUUGAGACACCAUCUUCGGUCGUUACUCCCAGCACUCGCAAGGUGUCCCGAUUUGUUCCUCGUGGGUUUGCCCAAGCCUCCAGUCCUCUUUCAGGGCGUGACGAGAACGAUACUAACGCGCUCGUUGCUGGCGGCGAUAGCCAUCCGACCAUCAGUACCACCACCGGAUCUGAUUUGACUGUCACGACGAUCCGCCAACCGGACGGCACUCAGUACCGCAUUUUCGACCCCGCUCCACGUCUUUACCCCUGGGAUAGACUUCAUCGGCGAACUGCGGCCCAGAAGUCUACCGAUCGAUCCCUGCAGCGCAUCACUGGACGAAUUUUCAAUAAUCUGGACGAUAUGGAGCGCGGUGCAGUAUACCGACGCGUUCAUGACACUGAGCCCUGGCUUUCCGACAACGCUAAGGCAAAACGACGUUCUUUGUUUCUCAUUGUCGCGCUUCUCUCCAUUUUCCCUUUCGUCUCGCCGAUUGCCCUCUGCGGCGGCUUCAACAGCGUGCUGUCGUGGCACACUCAUGGCGAGGUCGACCGUUUCAGCACUAAGCAGAGACGGUGCCUGAUGAUCGAGGCGAUCAUCGCUUUUCUUUCUGUUAUUGCAAUCAUCAUCUUUGUUGUCAUCAAGUACGCACUUCACCACUAG